AUGGGCAAGGCGCUCCAGUAUAUUCAUGUGGAUGCUAUAAGCAUGAUACGCUAUCCGGAGGGUUCAAACCUGAUGACUGGCCUCCUAACACAGCACGAACAACCAGAGCCACAGCUAGAAGCUCCAAGUCAAGAUGGUCUUGAAGACGCUGAUGAAUCUCAUCGAAAGCGAAAAAGAUCUGAAGAUAAUGGUACCCCAUGCAACUUAGGCCGUGACGUUACUAACGCACGAGCAACGUCAGUACCUAUCAUCGAACUUCCGCCUGAGAAACGCAGGAAGAUCGGAAUAUUUGAAGGCAGAUUGGUGGCGAAGGUCAUGCAGGAAGUUGUGGGAGUGCAUGAGGCUAUGAGUAGGAUCGAAACAAUCAUCAACAGGCAAAAUGAAGUUCUUCAUGAAAUCUGUAACGCUAUUGAAAACCAUGGGAUGUGA